CUGGCAUGGGGCAGGCUUGGCCAGUCCUCCUCAGGGUAGCGGGCGAGGGGUAGGCUCAGCAGGCCUGGUAAGUCAGCAGGCCGGUCGCGGCCUGCGGCUGUCUCCCAAGUGGGAGCUCGGCCAGAGACGUCUGCGCUUUCCGCCGGCGUGGGCUCCACUGAGCUCCGCAAGCGGGCUUUUAUACUUCCGGGUUGGCACCGUGACCUCUGAGGGGUGGGCACCGGACCCGGUGGCUCUGCCCACGUUGGUAUUAGGGGAGGUUCGGCCCUCAGCGGGGCUGUGGGGUAUUCCACCGCCUCGCUACAUGGUAAUUCCUAGAAGUCAAUAGAUAAAUAACAUUCUGUCAGUUCUGAAAUGGCCUUUUCAGAUUUCUGGGAAGUGUCCAUAAUGUUGCACUAGGGGCCAGGUCCUCGGAGAGAUGGAACCUUGGUUUCAUUUUAACUUGUCCAUGCUCAGCAGCUUCCGGAAUUUGGUUCAAAGUAUUUCCAUGUUUCCCUAUCCUGUUCUUAAAAGUGCUGCUAGAGAAAGUGGGGAAGGGCAGGAACUCACUGCAGGAUCAAUAGCUGAGUCCCUUAGAUAUUUAUAGCUCAUUGGAAGAAGGACGGGGAUUGGUGGGUGUCUGGGGAUUUAAUAAUAAACACACAAAUAUCAUUGUUCUUAAUGAAUUUUCAUCUUCUAAUUCCCAUAACCUACUAAUUAUACCUGGCUGCCCCCCCAGCAGUCUGGGGAGGGAGUACUAGAAAUCUUCUUUGGCCAGUGUGGAACCUAAAGCACAAGGAUCUUUCAGUGACUGGCUCAAAGUCACCCAGAGUGAAAUUCACUUCACUGGAUAAAUCCCUAGUUGCUGGGCUCUGCAGAGGGGUGGGGGGGUGAAUUCCAUUCCUGGGCAUGGACACCCCCGAAUCCUCACCCCGAUCUCAGACACUACCCCAACCUUCCCCUGCAGUGAUGGACCCACUUGAUGUUGCCAGAGCCAUCUGCCAUGGGACCUAGAGGGGGCAGAGGCCCAGCUCCAGAAUUGCUACCCCUGCCCACAGCCCCCAUGCUAUGCUGGAGUUGCCCUGGCUUUCCACUCUGCAGAUGGGUCUAGCUGCCUGGGCACCGACCCCGUAUGCCCACCACACACAAAGGUCUUCACAACACCCAUCCCAGGAUGGGGAAGGACAAUCUGGGUCUGGCUGCAGUCUCCCCUUGCUGCUGUGAGAGGAAUGGGGUGGUCCCUCAUAUAGGACACAAACAUACCCGGGGCAGAAGGGAAAUAUAAUUUCUUCCAGGGGCUUGAAAAUGUUUGAUUUAGAGUCCUGAGCUCUGUCUUCCUGUUUGUCUCCUUCUGCCACUUUCAGAUCUCUUGGAGAGACAAGGUAGCUGAGACUGUCCCCUGUGAUGGGAGAAUAAGAGUUCAGUCCUGUCAUUGGAUUGGGUCUCACCAGCACUGAUGGGAGUGAAAGUCUGUGUGCAUUAAUGACAGCAGCAACUACGGGACUCGACACUUAGGGAGAAAAGAUGGGAGUGAGCAGGUUAUGUUUGUGCCGGGUGCUACAGAAUAACAUCCACGUUUGCUCCACAUCAUCCCAUCCUCCCAAGGGGAAGGAAAUGGCUGCAAUGGAGCUGGCUCAGGGGUCGGUGACUUUCGAGGAGGUGGCUGUGUAUUUCACCAGGGAAGAGGGGGCUCUGCUCGACCCCACUCAGAGAGCUCUCUACAAGGAUGUCAUGCAGGAGAACUAUGAGAACGUGGUCUUUCUGGGGUUUCCAGUUUCCAAACCUGAGGUGAUCUCGCAGCUGGAAGGAGGGGAAGAGCCGUGGGUCCCAGACCUCCAGGGCUCUGAGAAAGAAGUGCUCCCGAGAGCUGCCUACACAGGUAGUGACCUAUGUCUGGAGUCUCUUUGUCUCCCAUCAGGUGUUGGGAUGGUGAGUGAGAAUGAGGAGGAGAAACCCCAGCAGGAAGAUGCUGAGCAAGUGGAACCACAUGGAACAUUAUCAGGAAGAUCCAAAGGGAAUGUUUCCAGGAGUUGUGCAAUCCCAGAAAAAGCAAAAGCCUGUGAGACUCAGCAGAGGCCAGAGGAAAACUUCAGUUGCCACUCAAACCUUAUUACACGCGACAGAAUCAACUUGGAAGAGACACGCUACACAUGCCAUGAGUGUGGGAAAAGCUUCAAUGGGAGCUCAGACUUUUUCACACAUCAGCGAAUCCACAGAAGAGAGAGACCCUCCAUGUGCUCUGAGUGCGGGAAAAGCUUCAGUCGGAGCUCAGCUCUUAUCAGACAUUGGAGAACCCACACUGGAGAGAAACCCUACACGUGCUCUGAGUGUGGGAAACACUUCAAUCGGAGCUCACACCUUAUUACACAUCAGACAGUCCACACAGGUGAGAAACCUUAUGGAUGCUCUGAGUGUGGGAGAUGCUUCACUAAUAGUUCAGCCCUCAUUUCACAUCAGCGAAUCCACACAGGAGAGAGGCCGUACACAUGCUCUGAGUGUGGGAAAAGCUUUAGUCGGCACUCAAACCUUAUCACACAUCGUAGAAUCCACACAGGAGAGACGCCCUACACGUGCUCUGAGUGUGGGAAAAGCUUUAAUCAGCACUCACAGCUUAUCACACAUCGUAGAAUCCACACAGGUGAGACGCCCUACACGUGCUCUGAGUGCGGGAAAAGCUUCAAUCGGAGCUCACACCUUAUCACACAUCAGACAAUCCACACGGGUGAGAAACCUUAUGGAUGCUCUGAGUGUGGGAAACGCUUCAAUCGGAGCUCACACCUUAUCACACAUAGGAGAAUCCACUCGGGGGAGAAACCUUAUGGAUGCUCUGAGUGUGGGAAACGCUUCACUGAUAGUUCAGCCCUCAUCUCACAUCAGCGAAUCCACACAGGAGAGACGCCCUACACAUGCUCUGAGUGUGGGAAAAGCUUCAAUCGGAGCUCUGCCCUUAUUACACAUCAGACAAUCCACACGGGUGAGAAACCUUAUGGAUGCUGUCAGUGUGGGAAACGCUUCAGUCAGAGCUCACAGCUUAUCAUACAUCGAAGAAUCCACACAGGAGAGAAACCCUACACAUGCUCAGAGUGUGGGAAAUGCUUCAAUCGGAGCUCAAACCUUAUUAGACAUCAGACAAUCCACAUGAGAGAGAACUGUAAUAAAUGUCUUGAUUAGGGCUAGCCAAAAACUGUUUUGUUUUUUUUUUAAAUCACAUUUGCUAAUUCCCACAUAGUGAUCUUUGCAACGUCUUCACUGUGGUCUCUCAGCUGCCUCAGAUGAGUUGCCUGCUUCUGCCUUUUGCAGCUCACCCUUUUUUGGGGUCAGUCUUGUGAUCUUUUCUAUCAACUCCUUUCCUUUUGAGUCAUAGGAGUGUGUGUCGUAGAAUAUUAGGGUUGGAAGAGACUUCAGGAGGUCAUCUAGUCCAAUCCCCUGCUCAAAGCAGGACCAACACUAAUUAAAUCAUCCCAGCCAAGGCUUUGUCAAGCUGUGCCUUGAAAACCUCUAA